UUCAUGUCUGAGCAUCUCAUUGCAGAGAACUUCUACAAUGAGCCCUGCACGUUUCCCUACCAAAUGCCCCAUUCCAAUUACUGCAGAAAUCAUGACUGAGUCCCGCAGUUAGCUCCUUUUGCAAGAAUGGCUUGUUCGGGAGGGUUCCUGCCUACGGGUCACAGGUAUUGCAGUGCGAUGCCAGCUCUGGACAAGUACUCGUGCUGCAGUGUCGUACCUACUGUCAACCCCUGCUGCAGGAGCUCUUUUGUAGUGCAUCCCACCCACAUCACUGAGCCCCUCACCCCCCAGAGGUGCCAAUGGAUUAGCUACUGCCUCCCCUCCCCUGGCCCAGCAUGGAAGAAGCUGAGCACAUUGGGGAGAUCAGUGAGCUUAGACAGCAAUGUCCCUGUGCUGGUGAGAGGGGAAACAGAUGGAUUUUAUUACCGUGGUACAGUAAAAGAGGAGAUAAAGAGUGAAAGAGGCACGUUCCUGGUAGAGUUUGCCAAACCACAUAUGUCACAUGGAAGGCAUCCAGUGUGUGUGCAAAGAACAGCAAAGGAUGACAUCCUGGAAUACGUGAACAGAAUGAAGCACUCCUUACUCCCUGGAGACAAAGUGCUGGCACCCUGGGAGCCAGAUAUGGCUAGAUAUGGACCAGGAACUGUCCUCACGGGCAUUGAGAUGAGAGACCCCUUAAGAGCCUCAGAAGAUGAAGAAAUUAUGGUCCAUUUCUGGAAUGACAAGAAAGUGAAACUCCCGCGAGGUGUGGCUCUGUGGAUCCCUCCUAGCCUGUGGGAGAGGAUUGUAGAGAUGAUCCACAUGCCCUUCACCAGCAGGGUGAAGCCCAAACAAAGUCUGGACGCUAACUCUUGUAUUUUUUCCUGCAGUCCCAAAACAGCCCUGGUUCCUGUUUGUGCUGUAUGUAGCCUUGCCAAGCACUGCUUGCUCUGCUCACCCUCCUGGCCACAUUUCCACUAUCACUGUGAUGGUAUAUGCUGUUCUUCAGCAUAUGUAAGGUGCAUCUGCUGCUGCCAUCCCCAUGUUGAUGGCUGGUGGCCUCUUCCAUCCAGGUCUCUGGUCUUUCAGAAUGAAACUGAAAAGGCAGAGUCCAGCAGCGAGCCCUUUCCAUGCCUUCUAGAACUGAAAGGCCCCAAACAAGAAGCAGCAGCAGCAGCUGUGGCAGUGUCUUCCCCCUGUUCUGAUGCAGAGUGGGACCUGGAGGCGUUCCCCACUGAGAGUACUGUGGUGGACGGUGCUGUUAACACAGACUCCGGCUGUCUUCAGAAGCCCAGGCUAAAGGAUUCUGCAAGACCCGAGUGGAAAUACUGGAAAAGAAGCCACCACAAGUCUCAUCCCAGUAAUUCAGGACUUGGCAGUCACAGCAGCACAUGUACAAAGGACAAGAUGGAAUCCAAAGCCAUCUCCGUUGGGAACAUGUCCCAUGUUGCCCCAACUCAUCGGAGUGCAAUGUUUGAAACCAUCGAGCAGUCUCCCAGAGGGCAACUCACAAUGAAAGAAAUCUUAAGAGACCAAUAUUUCAAGCUGCCAUUUGGGGAAGAAGGUUUUGAAGCAUCAGAAAAACAAAGAUAUAAAACAGCAAGGAAUAAGACAGAGUCAGAUGAUAACUGUAAAGUGACUUGCACAGAAGGCAACAAACUUGAUGAUACAGACCAUGUCAGAGGAGGCCAGGCAAAAAAAACAACGAAGAGCUCACUUGCAACAAAGGAGAGAGAGAGACAUGAUCAACACAAUUCAAUAAAUGGACAACUGAUGAAGUUCAGGAGCUGAAAUUUCAGGCUGCCAUGAAGCUAUAGUACUUCUGGACAACAGUAGAAACAGAGAAUAUUAUGUGGAGAAGCAUCAAAGCUGUGGUCACAACUACUGCAGAUUUACAAUUAAAAGUGAAACUGACCUUCUAUAUUAAUUGGCUGGUGUGUUCUCAUGUGAGGAUGAAAACAAUGCCUGGAUGUCCACAGGACAUCUGCCUUCUGGUAUAAAACUGUUAGCCCUGAUUGUAGAUGCCUGCCUUCCAACACAAUAUGUAGGGACUCCCUGACACCUCAGAACUAAAUUAAUGAAAAUAUCAGAAGGAACGCUCUGGAAACAUCUACCUGAUCAGGCUCUUCGAGAAAAGCUCUGGUAGAAAAAGGCAUAGUUUAUGGGUCCUGAACAGGAUGUAUAUGCAAGCCAGGUGCUUUGCAACCUAGCCAGUGAAGACUGGUUCUGCACGGCACGUGCAGGAGCAGUGCUCUAAAAGCAGACCACUUUAAUACUGAAAAAUGAGCUGGUGAAGAAGCUAAAGUGUCUUCAAGGCUGGUAUGAGUAGCAUAGUGGUUUUGAGAAUUGUAUUCAAGACUGCAGCAGCCCUUUUCUGGCUCCACAGUAAAGGUACCUGAAUCUUCCCCACUGCAAACUAAAUAUUUGAGUAUAGCUCUGCUGCCAUCUGUUGUCACCUCCCAGGGUUACCUUUUUGAUCACAGGGACCAAAAAGUUCCAAAAUAUCUAUUUUAUCUCACUUCCAUUUUCCUUGUCUCUGACUGUCAAGACUAAACUUAACAAAAAUAAGGCCAGUAGCAAUUCUUAUUUCCAAAUCUACUGCUGUGUUUUAUUCCUUGAGGUUAUGCACACAUCAACAGCUUUGGUUGCUUCUAUUGUGGUUUACUGUGGAGCUACGUCCCCAAAUACAUCAAAUACUCUGACUUUAUUGCAUAACGCUUCACAGAGCAUUUCUGUAUCACAGGAGGUGAGCUGGAUUCUUUUACAUGAUGUCACAGAGCAAAGAAAUGAAAGCAAACUUUUGGGGUAAGAAAUGUGGGUAAACUUUGGUCCCUUAGUAACU